UAUUACUUGCGGCGUUGUCCAACAGCUUUUUUAGAGAGAGCGCGUCUGAAAUCCAUUACACCUCGAACCGUUUGUCACGAUGUCUCACAUCGAGGGAUGGUGCACCUCCAGGGGUCCCGAGUUGAAUCAAUAGGGUUCUGCCAUUUCUGCUGCUUUUGAGCUGACUCUUCGAACCAGAUAGUGAAGAUGUUUCUUACGAUGUAAAAUUCAUUGUACAGUCUGGGAUCGAUCGAAGUGGAAGCCAUUGGGUUGCUAUCCAGACGGUCCUGUAGCUGUAAGAGCUUGACUCUUCAUUGCGUCAUUACAACAAUUGCUUUCAUCGCGAGCCGGGCUGUCCUGUUUCAGUCUAUUUCACAGCUCGAAGAAUAAGUUCACUUAGAGGCUUCAAUUCUUCGAAGUCCAUUUCUAUGUCAAGCUUUGAUUGUGAAAGGGCGUAGAGAUUUUAAAACGGGUGUACAGUUUCCUCAAGUUUAUGUUGUGGAUGAGAUAUUCCAGGUAUGGAUAUCGAAUUGGACGACAUACUCCACUGGCAGAUGCCCUUGUGCACGCUACUAGCCGAUAUUGAGAUCCCUGAGGGCAACAUUGAUGGCAUGCUGAGCAUCGAGCUUCCAGAGAUCUCUGAUCCCGUCGCAGUCGAAACCGCAUCCAGUCUCCCGAACUCCUUAUCUGCUUCUGAUAAACGAACUUCAAGUCCUUUAUGGCCUUGUGAUCUUCCUCCUUCAGUGUCAAACUCCAAAGACAUUCAUCUAGCCGCCCAUCCUCCCGCAAAUCUGUUUGCUUCGAACUGCGCUCUAGUGGGAUCGUCGCAGUCCUCGUCUGCACCACUAGCUGGGGUAAACUCGUUAACGGGAUCUCACGAGGUAGAACCAGUUACUCCACCAGCUGCAAAGCGUAAAAGGACCCGUGGAUCGAGAGCGUCGACGAAGAGAAGCACGAAAGUGAAGCCAAAACCUGAAGCUGUGGUGGUUGAACUUUCCAAGGAGGCUCGAUUGCCAACUCAAGCCGAGCACAUCAUCCGGGAGCGCCAGCGUCGGGAUGACAUGGCUGCUAAGUACCUAAUUCUGGAGUCUUUACUUCCUCCUGCUGCCAAACGAGAAAGGGCCGUGGUAGUUGAGGACGCAAUAUCAUUUGUGAAAAGCCUGCAACAUAAGAGGACCGAGCUCCUGAAGCGCCGAGUCAAAUUGAAAGUAGCAGCGCAACACCAAUCUUGUAAUGGUCAAUCUAUAAGCUGUUGUCAAAACAAGAAAUUAAUGGUCUCCCGUGAGCCUCCUGGGUUUCUUACCGCAUCGUGCGUAAAGAAAUCUGCGGAGAAUCGUAGGACGGACUCCCCAAUAUCCUCGUCAAUCAAGGUUCAAGAUAUCAUGAUAAAACCAAACUCUAGCACUGCAGGGGAUUUGAAUACUACUGUUAAGCCGCUCCAGAUCCAAGUGCAUUUCUCCGAGGAGGAGGUUGUCGUGGAAAUGGUGUGUAGCCACCAGCGUCCUAAUUUUCAGAGCUUUGUGCUGCAAGCAGUUGAAUCGUUUGGUUUGGACGUGACGAGAUACAGCAUCCAGAGAUUGACGCACGGAGUUGUGCAUUGCAUUAUUACUUGCAAUAAGUCACAACUUCCAUGGCUGGCGUUGGAGAUACAAACAUCGGCAAGCUUGAUAGGAGAUUUGAGAAGAGUUCUGAUGCAUGGUUGAUGCUUAAGAAAGGUGCGAGCCACCUCGGACAACUCUUACUGCACACUACAUAAUCCUGUUAGCAGGACUAUCUAAGUCGUAAGGACGGCUACUCCAAACCCAAAUCGACGCUGAGAUGACGGAAGCCUCAGAAACCAUCUUUAGUUCCCCAGGUCUCUUCCGCAGCCUUCGAUGCACAGCUUUUUUGAUCGAGUGAAACGAUAGGAGUUCCACGAUGUCGAAGUUACAUGCAGCGACUCGCCUACUUAUUGAGAACGGACGUUUGAUUACUUAUCUGAUCGACAGUGUCCUGGUGAGAGAUACUUUGAGUUUUGCCUCUGAGGUAAUACUCAGAAGAAUUUUUGAAAGGGCUCCAUCUCUUCGGAAGUGGAUUCCAAUUCGAAAUCAAUAAGAAGGUGAAAUCCACUGUGUCGAAAUUGUCGUAUCGCAUCAUGCAAUCCUGUUUCAUUGUAAUAAAGUCAAUCUUGCCAGUUA